CGUCAUCAUUGUUUGACAUUUGACAUUUGUAUUUUCAAUUUUGCUUUUCAUCGUACGCUAAGCGUACAAUAUUGUGAAUAUCGUUGAUAUUAUAAAUUGAAUACACUUCUUAACAAUGUUCAGAAACCAGUAUGACAGUGAUGUCACAGUGUGGAGCCCCCAGGGCCGCCUCCACCAAGUGGAGUACGCCAUGGAAGCCGUCAAGCUCGGCUCGGCUACCGUGGGACUGAAGAACAAGGAGUUUGCGGUGCUCAUAGCUUUAAAACGGGCCGUCAGUGAGUUAUCGGCAUAUCAGAAGAAGGUUAUUCCUAUUGAUGAGCAUAUUGGUAUUUCUAUCUCGGGAUUGACUGCUGAUGCUAGGAUGUUGAGCCGUUUCAUGCGUACAGAGUGCCUAAACCACCGCUACUCCCAUGACUCUCCGAUGCCUGUGGGCCGCCUCAUUGCCAUGGUCGGCAACAAGAUGCAGAUUUACCAGCGGUACGAUAAGCGACCACUCGGUGUUGGCCUUCUGGUGGCUGGUUAUGAUGACCAAGGCCCUCACAUCUUCCAGACCUGUCCGUCCGCUCUAUACUUUGAUUGUCGCGCCAUGGCCAUCGGUGCUCGCUCGCAGUCUGCCAGGACUUACCUUGAGAAGCAUCUCAACACCUUCCAGGACUGUGAUCUCCAUGAAUUGGUUGCUCAUGGCUUGAGGGCUCUGAGAGACACACUGCCCAAUGAAGUUGAUCUUAAUACUAAGAACGUCUCCAUCGCCAUAGUCGGCCCCAAGACUCCGCUCCGCAUCAGCGACGAGGCCGAACUGACGCAGUUCCUGGCGCUUGUGGAAGGCGAGGAGCGGCGUGGCGGCGGCGCCAGUGCCAGUGCCACGGGAGACGCCGCACCCCCUCCGGAGGGGGAGGGGGACGACAGGGACAGGGAGCCGCAGGCCGCGGUGGCGAUGGACACAGAAUAAGCGGCAGCGAGCGCCUACGGCCGGUUGUUGACCCGGCGGACGCGGGGACCAAGUCCUUCAGCCGCGCCCCCCGCGCCCCGGUACCCGCCGUGGCCUUCCUCCCCCCCGCGAGCUGGAUACAGAAAGGCCUGCCGUGGCCAGUGCUCGAGGUUGCUUGUUGACAAACACUUUUAAACUAUUAUUAACAGUUCAAUUCAAUCAAACCCUAUCAAAAUAUCAACGGUAACUUUUUACAAGUCAAAAGUCUUCAUAGACAUUGGAAGAAUCCGCCUUGCUGAUUAAUGAGGAGUAAAAAGCCAUGAUGGAAUUUUUGACAUUUGGAGUGAGUGAGGCGAUUACUACAAUAAAAUGUUUAAUUUAAUUAACACAUUCGCAACCGAGAACCCGCGUGGUACGCACUUAUGAGCUUUGCUCGGAUACCGGAGAACCCGCUAGGCGUGUUUUCGCCAUACUAGUGGACGGUUAUAGGUAACGACCGAUUUCUGACUAUUUUUUGUCUGAUAGUGAAUGUGUUACUUAAAAUAAACUAGGAGACAAAUAUUUUUUUUUAUACUAGCCUUUACCCGCGGCUUCACUCGCGUUAGAAAGAAACAAAAAGUAGCCUAUGUCACUCCAUCCCUUCAACUAUCUCCACUUUAAAAAGUCACGUUGAUUCGUCGUUCCUUUUAGCCAUGAAAGACGGACAAACA